CAUCUCAUUUUCUCUUUCUCCUCCUCCUCCAAAGAGCCUACAUUCAAAGAGAGAGAGAGACACACAGAGACUCUGUGAAAAUGGUGAAGUUUCUGAAGCCAAACAAGGCGGUGAUACUCCUGCAGGGACGGUACGCAGGCCGCAAGGCCGUGAUCGUUCGGUCCUUCGACGAAGGCACCCGCGACAGGCCUUACGGGCACUGUUUGGUUGCGGGGAUAAAGAAGUACCCGAGCAAGGUGAUCCGCAAGGACUCGGCCAAGAAGACGGCCAAGAAGUCUCGUGUCAAGGCCUUCAUCAAGCUCGUCAAUUUCCAGCACCUGAUGCCCACGCGGUACACCUUGGACGUGGAUUUGAAAGACGUGGUCGCCGUGGAUUCGCUUCAGUCCAAGGACAAGAAAGUCACUGCGGCCAAAGAGACUAAGAAGAAGCUUGAGGAGCGGUUCAAGACUGGGAAGAAUAGGUGGUUCUUCACCAAGCUUAGGUUCUGAGUGAUCUUUGAUUCAAUCAAUAGAGUCUACUGCUUUAGGUGUUUUUUUUUUUAAAUGGUCUUAUUGAAGAAGCAACCCAACAAAACCUAUAUCUGUUUUUGACUUCUCUGUUUUUAAGUUUUGUAUGGUUUUUAUUGAUGUUUGGAUGAUUAUGGCAUCUGGGUUUUGUUGAA